UGGGAGUCAACGCGAAUCAAAGAAAUACGGUCUUUAAGUUUAUGCAUGGAUCGGCCGCCGGGAACGUUGGAUCUUACAACAAAGUCAUGUGACCUAGAAACAAGCACACAGUCGUUUGAAUAUAAAAAGGUAUCCGUUACUUCAUUGGCACAUGUUGCAUUGUUCAAUGUUGCUUGCAACUCGAAUUAGGACCCGAAAACACGAGUUAACCCUGUAUGGGUUAUCUUUUCUUGCACUGAGUGCAUCAUUGGUUGCUAAACUCUUGCUUUAAUUUAGGAACUAGAACUGAAAUGUCUGGGCUGCACCCGUUUCGAUCAAUAGAAGGGAUAGGGUUUAUUAUUAAAUGGCUUUGAAAACGGGCGUUUAUUUCAGAUAAUGUAAGUUGACAUUUUAAUGUCCAAUGUUGAUAAUUGAUAAUUGACUAGACUCAAAUAAAGGGUUCAAGGGAAAAACCAGUGAUGUCAGUUUUUCAAAAUUUCUAUGUUAUCUCCCUUGUGGCUACAUUCCAUUUAAUAGAAUAAUGUGAUACAUUGGUCCAAUUGAAAAAGCAGCGUAGUCAAUACAUAAAUACGUAGACAUCUUGACAUUUUCAUACUUUCAUGAGGAACUUUCAAAUUUUAAAUUCAAUUUUCUCAAAACUCUCAAAACCUGACAUCGCUGGUUUUUCCCUUGAACCCUUCAAAUGUUAUCAUACUGCUUUCAUUGCACAAUUUCUCCAUGUUCAUUUGCAGAUGAAAGCUAUCUAUCACGUUUUGUCUGAUACCUGUCUGACUGUGGCCCCGUCUGGCAGAAAGCUUACAUUCCAGCCCUGCACGGGAUUAGACACACAGAUUUGGCUGUGGACGGCUAAUCCUAAAUUUAUUCCUCCAGAAAAAGAGAGAUAGUGAUAAAUGUGAAUAAAAUAUUUAUAAUGACAAAUGAAGGGAAAGAUUGAGAGGUAGCAAGACCCUGUGUUGUAAAAUUACACUUUGUAUGAAUUUCAAUGAAAUAAGUGGGUUUAAAAUGUUUCAAAAUGAGCCUGUUGAUUAUGCAUUAUCUGUUAGUGAGUGAAGAAAUACUAUGUUCAAGUGAAUUGUGGUUGCCAUGUUAACUGGAU